UAUUGCCGUAAUUUAAAAUACUCUUCUUUUCCAUUAUCAUAAAAAGAAAUACACAAAAUACCUGUAUUUGUACGAUACUUAAGUUUUAUUUUCUAAUCUUUUUGCACAUUUUUUCAGACAACUUUUUAUUAUGUACUCCAAAUCUUGCACGGAUGCUUUCACGUCACCCUGUGCUGCUCGCUCUCUCGCAAACAUUUUCACAUCGCAAUUGUUGGGAUCUCUCAAACGCUGGCCGUUCAGUUGGUUUCUUUCUCUGACUCGGAGUGGAAGUGUGUGCAAAGUGGAGCGGCGCAAUUCGCGAUUCUAGGUGAGGUGAGCGAAGCAAUCGAGCGAAGAAACUGUUUCAAGUGAUCGUUUUUUACAUAAUAGUGCACAAUCACUUGCAAAAGACACAGAAGUUGAGGAGUUUUCUCAGUGUUCAGUGUUGAAUUUCCACACGCAAAUCAUUGCUCAAGUGUUUUGGCAUCAAGCGGUGUGUCUUUGAGGGAUUUUAGAUGGCUGCACCUGUGAAGAAAGUCCCAAUUCACCUUCAGAGCUCCCAGAAUCGUCUCUACAUCAAGCGCGGCCAAGUCGUGAACCAUGACCAGAUCUUCUCGGCGGACGUUUACGUGGAGGACGGGGUGAUAAAAUUUGUGGGCCCGAGUGGCGAGUUCGUGGUGCCCGGCGGCUGCCGCGUGAUCGACGCCGCGGGGCGCCUCGUGAUGCCGGGCGGCAUUGACCCGCACACGCACAUGCAGCUGCCCUUCGGCGGCACCGUGGCCGUGGACGACUUCUACCAGGGCACGAAGGCCGCCGUGGCGGGCGGCACGACCAUGAUCCUGGACUUCGUGCUGCCCAACAAGGGUGAAUCCCUGCUGGAGGCGUACGACCGCUGGCGCUCCUGGGCCGACCCCAAAGUGUGCUGCGACUACGGGUUGCACGUGGGCGUGACGUGGUGGUCUCCGUCCGUGGCCGAGGAGAUGAGGAUCCUGUGCGAGGAGCGCGGCGUGAACAGCUUCAAGGUGUUUAUGGCCUACAAGGGACUGUAUCAGCUCACGGACUCGGAGCUGUAUGAGGUGUUCGAGGUGUGCCGCGAGCUGGGCGCCGUGGCGCAAGUGCACGCCGAGAAUGGUGACAUCAUUGCCAAGAACGUGCAGAAGCUGCUGGGCUGCGGCGUGUCAGGACCCGAGGGGCACGAGUUAUCGCGCCAGGAGGAGAUCGAGGCCGAAGCCACCUAUAGAGCCUGCGUUAUCGCACACCAGACGAAGUGCCCGCUAUACGUGGUGCACGUGAUGAGCAAGCAGGCGGGAACGGAAGUGGCGCGGGCGCGCGCCCGAUACGGAAAUGUGGGCAUUUACGGGGAGACUCUGGCCGCCGCCCUGGGCUCGGAUGGGCGCAACUACUACCACAACUGCUUCCACCACGCCGCCGCCCAUGUGCUGAGUCCGCCGCUGCGUCCCGAUCCCGACACCCCGGAGUACAUGAUGAAACUCCUGGCCCAGGAUGAUCUGCAGACGACGGGCAGCGACAACUGCACGUUCAACAAGGAGCAGAAGGAGCUGGGCAAGGGCGACUUCUCCAAGAUCCCCAACGGCGUGAACGGCGUGGAGGACAGGAUGUCUGUGGUGUGGGAGAAGGGAGUGCACCUGGGAUUGCUCGAUCCCAGACGCUUCGUCGCCAUCACGAGCACAAAUGCGGCCAAGAUCUUCAACUUGUACCCCAAAAAGGGGCGCAUCGAGGUGGGAUCCGACGCUGACAUUGUCAUCUGGAAUCCUCAGGCCACCAGGACGAUUUCGGCCAAGACGCACCAUCAGGCGGUGGACUUCAACAUCUUCGAGGGCAUGACGUGCCACGGAGUGGCCGAGGUGGUCAUCGUUCGCGGCAGAGUGUGCGUGGAUGAGGGCAAUUUGCGUGUGGCCGAGGGCCAGGGCGUCUUCGUGGAGACGCCCACACAUCCGCCCUUCGUGUACGACGCGCUGGCCGGCAAGAAGACGGAGGAAGCGUGCAACGGCGUGAAGAAGCUAGACAUCACGCAGAAUCUGGAGAUCGAAAUCCCCGAUCACGCCCACGAUGUGGCACUCGCGUCGCGGGACUUCCUGAUGUCUGGACAGUCCGUCCCACUGCCUGGAGACUCAAUUCCAUGCACGCCCUCGGGCAGAGCUCCGCGCCAGGAGGGCCAGCGCAAUCUCCAGGAUACCACGUUCUCGAUAAGCGAGGAUCUCGACACUGAGCAUCGCACGUGCAUCCGCGUGAGGAAUCCGCCGGGCGGGAAGUCAUCGGGCUUUUGGUAAUCCGCUGUGCAAUCUGACGCCCAAAGCGAUCACAUUGAAAUCACUAGUAAAAACAUUUUAGAGGGCAAUUGAAGAUUGUACUUCAUCGCAAAAUAAGUACUAUUUAGUGUUACUUCUGUUUUUACCAAAAAGAAAAGUAAAUUUAAAGUUCAUAUUAAGUACCAAAAAAAGAACAAGAAUAUGAAAGAGAAAAUCUACCAAUAACUAAUAAUGUAGGUUAUAUUUGAUGAGAUGUGGAAGGGACAUUUUUACUAAAAAAAAAGAAGAAAUUUUAAAAGUAAUGCUACUGUGUAUUUGUACGAAGGCGCUUUAAUUGAUAUGAUAUCAACAAAAUUGACAACAAGUCAGCAUUUAUUGCAGAGAUUUGUGUAAAAACUCCUCAAUUCGGUCAAGACGCACACAUGAAUGUGCUCUUAUUUCUCAUGUAAUAUUUUAGUUACACAACUCAAAAAAACUGUCUUUUACUUUGUGAGUAACAAAUAAAUAAUGGAAAGUUUUUAUGUAUAGAAA